AUGACCACCAAAGAGGGUUCCGCGUUGAAUAGCGAAACUCUGAAAACGCCACAAAAGGUCACAGAGUACUCGGGACAAACACCAGACUCGCAGUCUGAAAAUGUCGACGAUCGGCCAUUCAUUCCAAGAAGCUGGAAGCUCGGCUCGGUUCUGCUCAUCUGCCUCAUCAGCUUUGGCGCUUCUUGGUCUGCAAGGCUGACCUCGUCGCUAAAGAGCACGAUCAAGAAGGAACUCGACAUCAACAACACCCAGUUCGCACUGCUGGAGGCCAGUGAAGAAUUCCUCGUCACGGCCUUGAUCAUGGUGUCCGGCGUCGUGACGGACCGGAUUGGCGGCGCUGGAGCCAUGCUCUACGGUAACCUGGUCAUGACUGCGGGAGCUCUGAUCAUCGCAGGCGCCGCGACGGGCAGGUCCUUCCCUCUCAUGAUUUUCGGCAAAGUCACCGCGGCGUUGGGAGACAUCGCUACGCAGAUUGCGUAUUAUCGAGUUUUCUCCGGAUGGUUCGCACCUGGCGGUGGUUUUGGCACGACCAUUGGCCUUCAGAUUGGCAUCGCUCGAAUCGGCGGCUUCGUAGGAAGCUCAACAGCCAACGUCAUCUCCAAGAACACCGGGAACUUCGCCUGGGUUUUUUGGAUCGGGGCAUGCGUCUCCGUUUUUACGAACCUGUGCACACUCGUCUUCUACGUCUUCACCAAGACCGCACACAGGCGCUUCAGGGCACCGCCCGAUCCCGCCACGGGUGAAGAACUUGUCGAGAAGAGCAAGGACUUUCAGAUCCGCAAGAUUCUCGAACUUCCCUGGACGUUCUGGUCCAUCAUGCUCUUCUCCAUGGUGCAGACGAGCUGUUCCAACGUCUACUCUCAGAACGCCACAGAGUUGGCAGAGCACCGCUUUGGAGUGGACGCUGUCGCCGCCGGUUGGUACGCUUCUCUGUCUCAGUAUGCUGGCUUCUUCUUGAGCCCGAUGAUUGGUGCAGUUAUCGACAUCUACGGGCAUCGUGUAACACAGAUGGCGAUCUGCGGCACCGGCAUGCUGCUGGCGAUGGGACUCAUCAACUGGGGCACAACAACCAGCAGUGCCGCAGCCUCGUACGCAUUCUACGCCAUUUUCAAGACGUUCGGCCCAGUCACCAUCAUUGAGGGAAUCCGAACCAGUAUGAUAUACCAAGACGUCUUUGGUACAGCAUAUGCCGCCAAGGUGACAAUGAACAAUGCCACAAACAUCAUUAUCCGUAUCAUCACCGGUGUCAUUCAAGAUGCCGAUGACAACUCCUACCGCCGCGUAACAGUCGUCUACGUAUUCCUCGCUGCUGCCUCGACGGUCAUUUCGUUGGCGAUGUUGCUUGGAACCUUCUGGGCCACCGACCUUCGGAUCCUGCAGUUCACGCGAAAGCAAAGAAUUCGGUUCGGAGACAUAAUCAACGAGAGGAAGGUAAGGUUCCAGGGCCCGGCCGGUAAGCUGAGCAGGAACAUCAGCAAGACUUGCUUCGCUGCACUCAUGGUGUACGUGCUGGGCAGCUGGUCAGCAUGGAUCUGGGGUGCAGUCACAGGCAAUAACUAA